UUGCCAGGGCGAAAUUACCCUGUGUGUACGUUUUGGUGUAUGUGUGCUUGUGUUUUUGCCCGGGCAGGGUCGUUUACGCAGCGCCGCACGUCUCCAUCAGUUACAGCCACUACUAGCCUAGCGCGUUUUUUUUUUCUUCCUACCUUCUUCCUCCACCUCCUCCUCCUCCUCCUCCUCUUCCAACCACCUCCUCCACCUCUUCCCGGUCUGCAGUUGUAGCAUCAUCCCGGGGAUCGCGACACUCCGCCGGGGCUUCAUUCAACCACGCUCCGGACCGAAGAAGCGACACCAUCGGGGCUAGCAAUCACGUUUUGAGGUGAAGUUGGGGUCAUUGAAGCUCAACACGAGGUCGUAGCUCCGCCCGUAGCUCUGCCGCUGUGACAGAGGGCAGCUCAGUGGAAACCAUGAGUUCAUGCAGCACAGAUGUUAAGGAAAACCGCAACUUGGACAAUCUCUUCUCCAAAGAGGGGGUUGCCCCAGAGCCGGCUCUCCCCAAUGGGAGCGCCGGGGGGAGGAAACGCCCCCUAGAGGAGGGCAAUAACGGGCAUGCGCACUCCAAGUACCGGCCCAAGAAGCGUAAGAAAGUGCCAGGCCCGAUUCUGCCCAAAAAUGCCCUGAUGCAGCUGAAUGAGAUCAAGCCUGGACUCCAGUACAAGCUCCUGUCUCAGACCGGUCCAGUGCACGCGCCUGUGUUCGUCAUGACCGUGGAGGUGAACGGGCAGCUCUUCGAAGGCUCCGGUCCCACCAAGAAGAAGGCCAAGCUCAACGCGGCGGAGAAAGCACUGAGGUCAUUCGUUCAGUUCCCAAACGCGUCCGAAGCCCACAUGGCGAUGGGCAGAACCAUGUCCGUGCACACAGACUUCACCUCAGACCAGGCCGACUUCCCAGACAUGCUGUUCAACGCCUUCGAGACCUCGGCUCCCACAGAUGACCCCUUCUAUCUGGCCUCCAACAGCAACGGCUCCUUCAGCUCGGACUACCCCGCCCUCCCCUCUCCACUGCCCAGCCUGGUCCAAGCUCCUCUGCCCCCCGCCCCCACCGCCUUCAUGUCCCCAAACAGCGGCAAGAAUCCCGUUAUGAUCCUGAACGAACUGCGCCCCGGCCUCAAGUACGACUUUGUGUCAGAGAGCGGGGAGAGCCACGCCAAAAACUUCGUGAUGUCGGUGACGGUGGAUUCUCAGCAUUUUCAGGGCUCUGGGAGGAAUAAGAAACUGGCCAAAGCUCGAGCGGCUCAGGCGGCUCUGUCAGCUCUGUUCAACAUGCAGCUGGACCAGGCUCCCUCCAGACAGCCCAUCCCACGAGAAGGACUGCAACUGCACCUGCCACAGGUUUUGGCCGAUGCCGUGUCUCGUUUGGUGGUGGAUAAAUUCAGCGAACUCACAGACAACUUCACGUCUCCGCACGCGCGCAGGAAAGUACUGGCUGGGGUCGUCAUGACAACAGGAACGGACGUGAAGGAGGCCCAGGUGAUCUGCGUUUCCACGGGAACCAAGUGCAUAAACGGGGAGUACAUGUCGGACCGGGGCCUGGCUCUGAACGACUGUCACGCCGAGAUCGUGGCUCGGAGGUCCCUCAUCAGAUACUUGUACUCGCAGCUAGAGCACUUCCUCAGUAACUCAGACGAGGACCACCAGAAGUCGAUCUUCUCGCGGUGUGAGAACAGAGCCGGGUUUGUGCUCAAAGAGAACGUGCAGUUUCACCUGUACAUCAGCACCUCGCCCUGUGGAGACGCCAGGAUCUUCUCCCCCCACGAGGCCGGGGUCGAAGACCAGGGCGACAGACACCCGAACAGGAAGGCUCGGGGGCAGCUCAGGACAAAGAUCGAGUCUGGAGAGGGGACCAUCCCUGUGCGCUCCAGUAACACCAUCCAGACCUGGGACGGGGUUUUACAGGGAGAGAGGCUCCUCACCAUGUCCUGCAGUGACAAGAUCGCAAGGUGGAACGUCGUUGGUUUCCAGGGCUCUCUGAUGAGUUACUUCACAGAGCCGAUCUACUUCUCCAGUAUCAUCCUGGGCAGUUUGUAUCACGCGGACCAUCUGUCCAGAGCCAUGUACCAGCGCAUCACUGAGAUCGAAGACCUGCCCCAGUGCUUCAGCCUCAACCGACCCCUCCUCAGCGGCAUCAGUAACGCAGAGGCUCGUCAGCCCGGAAAAGCCCCAAACUUCAGUGUGAACUGGGCCGUGGGGGACCAGGCUCUGGAGGUGAUCAACGCCACCACAGGGAAGGACGACCUGGGACGGCCCUCACGGCUCUGCAAACACGCCCUCUACAGCCGCUGGAUGCGCCUGCACGGAAAGCUCUCGUCGACUCUGCGUAUCCGAACCGUGCGUCCCUCCAGUUACCACGAGGCGAAGCAGGCGGCGGCUGAGUACCACUCGGCCAAACAGACUCUGUUCAGGGCGUUUCAGAAGGCCGGUCUGGGCGCCUGGGUCAAAAAGCCCAUAGAGCAAGACCAGUUCGCCCUGACCACCUGAGUGCGCCCCCUGCUGGCCAACAUCAGCCUCUGCAGCGACUGUUGUCUGUCGGGAGCGAGUUCGAGUGAAUCAAGCGUCUUUCGGAUGAAUCGUGGAAAAAUCCGAAGAAUUUGUGAUGUCAAAAACACGGAAAAACUGAUAACAUUCCCCUUAAUUUUCUAGCCAGCAUCCCACAUUAUCAAGUCUGUUAUGCAACUUUAUAUAAAAUACACGGACAUUGUACAGAAGAUUUUAUGGGAAUGAAUCGUCAGCUGCGUAAGCUUCAAGUUUAUAUGGAUAGAGAAGUUUUUUUGCAUGUUUUAACGAUACCAAAAUCAUGUCCAAUUUGGUAUAUCUGUAUUGUGCUACCAGUGUUGUUAAAAAAUUCAGAAUGUGCUGUUUGCGAUUUGUAAAACUCGAAAUCGCAAAUUAUUUUUUUGUGUUAAAGUUUAAAAAGACGCACAGCUACACGUCUACUGUAAUAUUGCACCGAUGUUUUUUUGUUAAAUCCGUCCGAAAGUCUUGUAUGUUUUGGUUUAAAAAAAAUAUACUGAAAUUAAAAUGUCAGGAAUGGAUAAGAAA